ACAACACAUCAGAGCAGACACAGCGAGCACGGAGCGGGUUCCGCGCGAGGAUUGUUUAUUGAUUCAUCGUCUGUAAACUUGUUGAACUAAUUCAUCAGAGACAAGACAAAGAAGACGGCGGCUUUUUUAAAAUCUUUGAAUUUACCAUUGAAUCAUCUGAGUUUUCAUUCUGAUCUUUGCCGGACGGAUAAUAAUGACCCACGGCACCGGAGCAGAGAUGACCCCGGAGGUUUCGGCCGCCGCCAGUUUUGUUUGCCGGCUGUUGCGCGGCCGCGGCCGCCUCAGUGACGCGCAGCUCCAGGUGUUCAGAGACGGACUCGCGCAGGCGCUCUCAGAACACUACCAGCACCAUUGGUUCCCCGACAGGCCACAGAAAGGUUCAGGAUACCGCUGCAUACGGAUCAACCAUGAAAUGGACCCUCUGAUUGGCCGAGCGGCCGGCCGCAUUGGACUGACCAGUGGGCAGCUAUUCUCGCUCUUACCGCGAGAGCUGACAAUGUGGGUUGACCCGUAUGAAGUAUCCUACCGCAUCGGUGAGGACGGAUCAAUAUGUGUUCUCUAUGAAGCAGAGCCCCCCACCACGAGCCCCGCCCCUUCAGCGUACGACCAAAUGGCGAACUGCAAAAACACCUACAUGAUGAGCGGCCGCAGGAGUCCACCCAAAAACCUCCUGAUGAUGGUGUCCAGCUGAGCAUUCUGGGUAUCUGCCGGUGCUCGCGUCCGACCGAUAAAUCGCCGUCGCUCCUGUGACUCCACAAUUCAGGCCUGAUCCGAAACCUUAAUUUAAGAAGAAUGUUAAAGCACUGGUUUAUCGUCUGCUGGACCACUCGCUGUCUUUCAGCGCUGUUCUGUGUGACUCUCGUUUAUUUUGCGCAUCCCGAAACCGGUUUUGGGGUGUUUUUCCACUGGUGCUUGCACUGUUUCAGUGCAACUACGAUACCUCACGACCCCCUCUUAAGAAUGUAAAGCAUUUACCCUUGAGCUGUUCUUGACGCAAGCAUACAAGGUUUACCUUUUAGCAGAUUUGUUACAAGUUUGUUGUUUACUUGCGAAAAAAAACCUGUAGGUGGUUACAGCGCCACCUGUGGUCACUCAGAGAAUGAGCAUUUGUGUGCUUGCCUACAGAACAGUUUCAGGCCGACACUGCGCAAAAGGCUUUCUCUCUUCAAUAUUUCUGUCUUGUUUCUAGUCCAAAUAUCUGAAAAACUAAAGCAUUUUCUAGACGAGCCAAAAAAAUAACACUGUUUUAAAAAAAAUAAUAAUUUAAGCAAGUGAAACAAGCAAAAUAAUUUGCCAAUAGAUGAAGCAAAGCCUUUAGGAAUAAGUUUAUUAGCCUGUUUUAAGGAAUAACUCGAUUAAUUUUGGAUUAUUUAUGAAAACAAUUGUUUUUACAUCCCAGAUCUUGAUUAUAAUCAUUUUUAUAAAUCAGAAACCAGACAAAUCUUGCUUUUGGUAAGAUUAUUAGCUUGUUUUAAGGAAAAACUCGGCUACUUUUGACCCAUUUCUUGAAACAACUGUUCUAGAAGUUCAGAAAACAGUUAUUAAUAUCAUAUGUAUACAUUAGAAACCAGACAAAUCCUCGUAGGAGAAGCCUAUUUGUGCAGUGUUUAACAGUGGUGGUGUUUAAUUAAUCUGCAGGAGCUGCUGAGAGAGACGCCACACCAUCAAACUCCCAUAAUCCCCUCUGCCUUAACCACAGCACCGCUCCCUCAAUAAACGCCACUGCCUGGCUCUUUUAGUCUUACUGUGCAAUAUUCAGGCGACGCGCUCUGCAACUGGUGUCCUGAAGCGAGUCGCAUGGACCGAAGGCGUCUCUGAGGGAGCCGCUGUGUUUUCCCAGGAUGCUUUGCGUGUGGUUUAUUGGUUGGUGUCGGGCCGCAGAGCCUGCCGUCUGUAGCAUCUGUCUCAAUCUCGGGCUGCUGAGCGGCUUGUUUACCGUUUUAGACAGAGUCAUGUAGUCUGUAAGCUAUUUUUGAAGCAGAGUUGCUGUUCAUGUACAUUUUUAUAAUGAAUUUGUGCACAUGUAGAGCUGUACAGUCGAUUUUUAUUACAAUAAACCUUUUAUAAAUGAA